GGUCCUUUGUGAAGCGCAAAAAGAUCCGGAAAUAGCAGAGGCUCACAUGAAAGUCGGAUCUGUUGCAGCAGGCCGGUCGUGAUUUUCCUCGGAAUAAUUUUGAAAUCAGCAUCACUAGAAAGUACGGCUACAGCCAGUAUUGUGGUUUCUUAAGAAUCAUUUUUGAGAAUUGAUGCAUGAAUAACAACAUUAAUUUAUAUACUACGACACAGACAAACGGAACGGUUAUCCGUAGUUUGAUUUAAGAAAUUCAAGCAAGAGUGACAUAUUUAGACUAUUAUUCGAUAAGAGUUGUUAUUUCCCUACGAGUACCAGCCGAGACGAACGAGGAGAAGAUAAAAUAACCCACAUCUUCAUUAUUGUUAUUCCUCCUAACAUUUUAAGCAAUAAAAGAAAACCCAGCAAAGACUGAAAGCCAUACAACACACAGAGAAAACAAGAAAUCAGACCAGAAGGGUGAAAAAGAGGAAUCAGUUCCCCACCACCACCAUCCCCACCAGUGACAUACAGAGGAGAGCCUUGAGAAGAAGAAUUGGAAGUGAUCAAACAGAAUGAUGAGGGCGGUGGAGACUUCAGCUCACAUUGUGUCCGGCAUCCACAUCUUCCUGGGCCUGCUUAGUGUUUGUGUGGGCGUGGUCAGCAGUAUCAGAGCGGAUGUGUGGCUGGCCCACAGAGUCUCACCAAUCUGGAGUGGAGGAUUUAUCAUGUGCUUCACGGCUUUUUCCGUGGUCUCUAUGGUAGUGGCAGUGGUCAGUAUCCAGCUGCUCAGAGUUGGACUGGUCAACCACACCACUGAUGGACACACAUUUCAAAAGGAAAAGAAGGACGUACUCAUCUACAUUUCCCUGGCCGCAGCAGGAACGGAGAUUCUCGUCUGCAUGGCAGCCAUUGUGCUCAGUUGCAGGGUUGCACGCGUGGCUAAGGAAGAGCAAAGCAAACAAAGAGAUGGCAUGUUUCACGUGAAGGUUCUUGGCCAAAAGGACAUUGUCGUUGUUACCCGGCCCGUAGACGAACAUGACGAACUUACGGCUGUGUAGACGACUCGAGACAUAGCAAAGACGCCGCUAUUCUUUGGUCAACCCAGAAAUACGAAUAAUGUGUACCCUACAUGGGGAUUCCAAAGAGGUAGAAAAGCAAUGCUGAGUACGUCAUACACUGAAGGAUGUUGCAAAGUAGUUCUCGACGAUUUACUGUAAGACUACAAGCAAUGCUGUUUUAUUUAUUUUUAUUUUUUCGCUGUUGGUUCCUUCCUUUUUUUCAUUUUUCAUUCGACAGUUUCGUUUAUUAUAGAUACUAUAAGAAGGGUGGGAAGUAGAAUAAACGACUAGACAAGGCAGAAACUAUUUUCAUAGGCCUACCAUACUAACUGAAUUGAAAAUAUUAUAUCCAUAAAACUGAAAUAACUUGUCUCUUGUCGUAUGGUACUUUUUAAAAAGAGUUCUUGAGAGUUCUUCAAAUGUCGCGAUCAGGCAACAACAGAACAGGCCAAACAGUAAUAAGACACUGAAAUCUAUGUGAGUUCAUUGUGUUCUCUUGCUUCUUCCAAGGACCAAGGAGAUAUGGAAUAACGACACGUUUCCAAAUACUAAAGGGACCAUGAUAUUGUUCUUCCAUCAAUGCCAAAAUGUAUACCAAAACACAAUGUAUUGUUUUGUGUUGAAUAAUUGUUUGUUUUUAUUUAUUUAUUUUUAAAGAAAUAGUUAAAUCAUCAUCUAUCAUACUGAACAUGUACAUUUAACGAAUAAUUAAGUUUUUAUUAAAAGGGGGAAAGGAUUCUGCAGCAACAAUUAGAAAAA